AUGGAGGGGAGGAGGCUGCAGGAGGAGGAGCAGGAGCAGGAGCAGCGGGAGGUGCUGCUCAUCCACAGCCAGGUGCGGAGGAUCAAGCGGGAGGACGAGGAGACCCGGAGGCACCUCCUCAAGCUGCAGUUGCUGGAGACGAGGCCGGCCGCCGGGCAGGAGGCCUCGCCGCCGGCCUCCCGCUCGCUGUCGCCGCUGCGGCGUGCCGGGAGCGCCAUACCGGUCGGCGACUGGGCCUAG